CAGAAACUGGGUGCUAUGCAUGCAGCGCUCUGGGAGCUGUAGGAUUCCUCGUGUCAAGGAGCGUCAUUUCGGCUCAUUGGCUGUGGGUUUACUGCCUUAGAGAUGGAUCAUGUGUAGCAUGAAAUAGUUGUGAACAAAUAGCAGAAAGAUGGUUAUGAAACCAGACAUCCUACCAACAUCAUGUACUGAAUCUGAAGCAAAUCUGUCCCAAACUUUCAUGUCAGUGCAAGGGGGGCACCUUCGACGGCUGUGGACCUGAUUAAUCCCUACCUCCCGUGCCUUUUUCGGGACCUCACAUGCAUGCGCUUGGAGUAUGCUUUCCUACGGGGAAUUCGGGGGUUACAAGAAUCACAAGGACAUUGGGUUUUGGACAGGCACUCGGUAGCCCGAAACGAAGACAAAUCAAAUCCAGUUUCGACCGGGAGGAAGCGACCUGCGUGAUUAGAAAUGGAAUCUGUCGACACAAUGUUACUGUGCAACUUCUUCGUUAUCGACUUGACCAGAACUGUGGGAUACUGUAAACUGAACUUUGAGAAGGAUGAUGGUGUGUUGAAGAAGGUCGACAGGACGGAUCAAUUUCAAGGCUUUGAACCCACCGGGGUUAAAUUGAGUCGACAGCAUCAUAGACGACACUGAUAUCGGAUGAGGCGUCUCUCAAGAAAUUUUUUUGGAUCCGCUUGAAGGUUGAGUCGGACAGAGGGCCAGUUAGGCCGAAAACUCAAGAGACAUGUCAUCAUGGUGUCAGGUCUGCGGCAGCGCAGACAUGACAACUGGAGUGGAUGGUUCUUACUUUUGCCAAAGCUGUGGUGCCCAGAAUGAGAAUUACAUCGAGGAGGCCUUUGAUAAUGAUGAUGCUCAUGUCUUCACUGCUCGAUUCGUAAGAGAGACUCGAGUGGGAGCAUCUCAGAAUGAGGAACAAGUAAAGUCACAGAUUCCACCGGAGAUUUUCGCAGGAUCACAAGCAUUCAUUUCCCAACCGCCUCCUGGACUCGCAAGUCAGUCUCCUCUUGGUGAUGUGUACGGAUCUGUCUAUGGGAUUGGAUCUGGAGCGGGAUCCGGAGCUGGGCCUUCUCAGGCUUCCCAACUGCUAAGCUCUCAAUUCGGUCUGGCUUCACAGAAGUCACAGAGACAGCAGCCAAUAGAUAAAGAAACGUUGUCCAAUAGUAUUAGAAAGUCCUAUGUCGAGGGCAUUCAGAAAAUUUUGUUUCUUCAGUGCGAGGCUUUAGUGAAGGAGUUCGACGUAACUCCCUUAAUUUGUGGAAUAGUGGGGCCAAUCUGGUUAAGAUACCUGGCUUCCACUCGAGUGUUUGAGGAAGCAUGGGCAGAUGAAGCCCUCGAAGUUGCUGAAGAUCGUGAGAGUAAGCGCAAGGGUUCUCGGCGUCGAGUUUUCAAAGAGAAUGAAGCUGAUCCAGAACCAGAAGUACCUGAGGAGUCAAUGGUUUUGGAGAGAGGGGUCCUUCGGCCUAAAAAACCUCGAAAGCGGAGACAGCGAAGGAGGAAAGGUGGAAUCGAGCCACGUACAACCUUUGGCAGGAAGGCCCGAUUUGUAUGGCUUAGUGCACUGAAGGAGAGAAUUCCUCUUUCCAUAACUUUGGCCUUCUGUUAUUUGGCUUGUUAUAUCGCUAGAGAGAGUGUUUUUCCGACAGAUAUAAGACUUUGGGCUUUGAAAGGGAAGUUGCCUUUUCUGGCUGCUUAUUUGGAGGUUUCAAAACCCAGUGCGAACCACAUCCCCAACACUGUAGGCGGCUUACAGACGUUUCCUAUAGAACCAAAGACAAUGUUCAAGCCAGGAAAUGUGGUCGGAGCAAGAGCAGUCGAACUUCUUGCGGGACACAUUGCAGAGAGAAUAGGUCUUCAACUUUCUCCUGUCAAUUACCAUGCACUGAGUGCUCGACUUUUGCAUGCAAUGAAGCUUCCUGUGGAGAAACUCUCUGUAUAUACACAUCGGAUUUACGAGUGGUAUUGCCCUGCAGGGCUAUGGCUCACUUCUAAAGAGAGUGCCUUGCCCACCAGAGUAUACGUUAUGGCAAUGAUCAUCAUUGUACUUAAGGUGCUGUAUAAGCUUGAUGGUCGCAUCGAGAAUCCGAUUUCUGACAGCGAAGCAGCACCAAAUGCAAUGAACGGAGAGACCUUUUUUAACAACAGAGAUAGUCAGGGAGCAGGUAAUGAUUCUCCGGACGACAAGGAAGUCGAUUCGGAUGGAGGAUAUUAUUCCGAGGCGGAUGUCACCUCUCAAAGGAAAAAAAAGAAUGGCAUGGACGAGAAAGACAUAAAUUCAGUUGCAGAUUUGGCAUCAGGGAAAGCCAACGAACUUGAGGAGGUCUGGGAUGUGAAGAAACUCAUAAUGUGUAUGAAGAAGAUGAAGCCCUUUCGAAAUAAAAUAAAUGAAAUGGGAGACCCAGAGAGAAAGCUAGCAUCGUACCUGAAUUACUGUCGUGAAGUCAUCUAUCCCGGGCCAGCCUCGGAUGCCGACGAGGAAGCUAUGCGGGAUCACUUCUGGAAAGUUUAUGAGAAGGCAAAUGAGGCAACAGCAAACAAACAGCCAGGUGAAGCCGAGAACAAUUUACGAAGUGCAAUGAACGCUGGGGAAGAUUUAGAAGGUAAUUUAGGUGACAAUGUCGACGUGGAAGGCAGAAAUGACAACUUAAGGUACCCAGCACGGACGUAUGGCAGUGUGGGAAGUGUCGCAGGUGCGCGAAAUAAGUAUCAGUCUAGGAUGACAUUAAAUGAUGGACAUUUUAGAGAUGAUGGUGUUGGGCCAAAACCCUCGGGGGAAGCCAAGGAGGGACAGUAUGAUGCAAUAGAUCGUGAUAAAGUCCAAGGUAGCGACUCCGAAAUGGUAGAUCAAUACGCUUCAGAGGACAAUGGGAGCUUUGUACGAAAACGAGAAUUGCAGACUUUGAUGAAGGAGAUGAAGAAGCUUGGAUUUUCCUGUCUACAACCCAUGAGGAAGGAUAGACUCCCAGAGAAUGUGUACCUUAGAUAUAAGAUCCAAGUGUCAGAUAAAGAUCUGAGACCUGUUCAUGAAGAGUACUAUAUCGUUCUUCGAGUUUGUGCGAAAUUAAUAAAGGUGCACCCGAAAGCUCUUCACUGGGGUGUACAAAAGGUGGAGCAAGGAUUAAUGGAGAUAGAGAGAAACACGAGACAGUUUAUGCUGGACCAAGGAGGUCAUGUUGCAAAACUUUAUAAGCAAAAUUUUGGAGAGAGGACUGAGUAUAGGGAAAGGGAUAGAGGUGGAGAAUACGCGAAGAAGAAACAAAAGUUGAUUCUGGCUCAGUACCGGGUGGACCAAGGCUUGGCAUCAGAGAAGGAUUACACAGAGUUGAUACUUCACGCAGAUUACCUUUAAUUGGACGGAAAAUCUGGCGGGGGAGAAGUUUUGACGAGGACUUUUGCUUGUGGUUUAGUGUCAUCUUGAGGCGACGAGGUACGUGUACAUUAUACAGAGAAGUAGGCUAGAAAUUGAAAUUCGUCUUUGUUGGAUACCAGUGUUUCUUUUGCUUAUACUGAAGCGGCUUAUACCUUGUUCAAGCCGGCUUGCUGACAUCAGAUUAAUAGGUGCAUGCCUUGGCAAUCUCAUGUCAGCUGGCUUACGUAAGUCACGCAGGUAACAAUUUGCUUUCCUAAAUGGAUGUGGAUACAGUCCAAAUCGCAGCCUCAUGUUUUUUGUGGCUGGGAUUAAUCAAGCGUAAACAAGGCUGUAAACUUUGUCGAGAAUUUAGGACAAUUCUCACAUAAUUGGCAUUAGGGUACUCUGAAGAGAAACUUGAACAAAGUGCAGUAGCUAUACAGACCACUUCCCGUUUUCCCCUACUUGAGGGUGUUCUUUACGGAGGUAAGAACUGAAAAACAAGUCUCUUCAGGACGAGGACUGAAUUGAGCUGGCCAUUCAGUUAUCUUCCAUUCUAAAUUGUUUCGGAGCCUUCUUGGAGCGUU